ACAAAGCUGGCUGCGAGCUGUGACAUGACAUCAACAGGGAAGUCAGAGGGAAGAUUUGUUUAACAUGUUUUCAUUUACUUUUUAGAAUAGUGAUGACAUUACAGUAACACCACAAAAAGUGAGUCAUGUGUGUAAUCACCUCUUGGAGCUAUCAGGAUCUAUAUAAGCGUUUUAGCUGUGGGCUUGGGAGACAGAAGGUCGGACGCUUUCUGCUGCAGCAAGGCUCCUUGGCAAGCUGGGCACUAUGCAAUACCUUCUACUUUGUGCCGCCAUCCUCCUACCUGGGAGUCUUGCUUUUCCAGCACCCCUUCAACUAGAAACACCGAGCAACACAGACUUGCAGAACGUAACGGUAUAUCUUGAUAAAUUCUUUCCAAUUUUUACAAGAACACCAAGCCUAAGCUUAGAAGAGAGGAUUAAAGAAAUGCAAAGGUUUUUCCACCUGCCUGUAACUGGACAAUUAGAUGCAGAAACAUUAGGAAUAAUGAAAAUGCCCAGAUGUGGACUCCCUGAUGUCUCAGAUGCCAAAUCAGCUCCUGAAGCUUCAAGAUGGGGAAAGACAAGUUUGACUUACAAGAUUUUCAAUUAUACACCUGAUCUACCAGCGAAGAAAGUGGUUAACGCAAUUAAAAGGGCUUUGGCGGUAUGGAGUGAUGUGACUCCACUGGAGUUCAGAAGAGUAUACAUCACAUCUGCAGACAUUGUGAUUGGAUUUGCAUAUGGUGCGCAUGGUGAUGGAUACCCUUUUGACGGAAGAGGUAAUGUACUAGCUCAUGCGUUUGGACCUGGAGAAGGGCUUGGUGGAGAUGCUCAUUUUGAUGAGUCUGAAAGGUGGUCAGAGUACGAUCAAGACAUUAAUUUGUUCCUUGUUGCUGCUCAUGAAUUUGGCCAUUCUUUGGGACUUAAUCAUUCAGAUGUUCGUGGAGCUCUGAUGUACCCUAUCUACUCAUAUACGAACCCAGACACCUUCACACUUCCAGAGGAUGACAAGCAAAGAAUUCAGAUGUUAUAUGGGAAAAAAUCUUGAAGAAAGCGCUUCACAAAGACCAAAGAAUCCACAUCUUUUUGCUUUGGUGUUCCCAAACAAUUUUAAUCCUCUAGCUAAUUAAAGUGGUAAACUCACGGGCUGCACUUUCUGAAUUAUUAUAUUGAUUUAUUUGCACUUUAUACAAUUUCACUCAACCAUUAAA